CAUUCAGUUCGCUAGAUGGCGCCAGUCCGUUUUCACAGCACCUUGUGCAUUUCACCGUUGAAGUUUCGAGCAGGAAACGUUAUCUGUGUUGUGAGGCGGCUGAGGAAAGCAUGGCCCUAAAUGCAGAUGAUGAGGACUUUGAGUGGGAGCCUCCCUCCGAGGCCGAGAUGAAGGUGAUCCAAGCUCGCCGGGAGCGGCAGGACAAGAUCAGCAAGCUGAUGGGAGACUAUCUGCUGAAGGGCUACAAGAUGCUGGGGGACUGCUGUGAGCUGUGUGGGACAAUUCUGCUGCAAGAUAAACAGAAGAAAUAUUACUGUGUUGCUUGUCAAGAGCUGGACUCCGAUAUUGACAAGGACAACCCAGCUUUAAAUGCCCAGGCAGCUUUGUCACAGGUACGAGAGCGUCAGCUUGCGACUCAGCCUCUCCCUGAAUCUCAUGGAGCCUCAUCCAGCGAACCCCCUCUCUCCAUCACGGGCCAGCCCCGGCCGGAGCACUGCGAGGGGGCCGCGUCUGGACUGAGAGGUCCCCCUCCCGCCAUACAGCCCACUCCUCUUUCUGUCCCAACCACCAGCUCCAACUUCCUGCCACCAGCCACCCCUGCUCCCCAGACUGCACCUCCUUCAGGGGCCGUGGGCAACGCCCUCCACCACCACCCAGCCUUGUCAAGUGCAGAGGAGGCAGUGCUUCAUAAACUCAGAUGGGCCACACAGGAGCUCCAGCACUCGGGGUCAGUGGAGGCCAGCAUCCAGCUCUGCAGUCUGAUCCGAGGCUGUGCCGAAUCCCUGCGCAGCUUGAAAGAACUGCAGCUCUCAUAAGACUGAAGCACAGAUGGAGUUGUAACAGCACACACACACAUAAGGAAGUACAAACAGCACUAAUACAUAUAUACAGUAAUAUACUCAACGGCGUGUUUCGGUUGUGUUUAUGUUUGUUCUAAUGCAGCGCAGAAUGUGACUGUGUCGUGUGUUGAAAUACAUUGCUUGAGCUGCAAAGGCUGGUUUCUUUUUACUUGAUUUGUUUAACUUUUUUCCCGUUGCUUUAUGAACUCAUGAUCGGUUGAAAAUCCAAAUUUUAUGAAAGCACCAACUUAAGUGUUGUGACAAUGUUAGAUCAAUUACAGUGGUAGAGUGAAUUGUUUCAAAGCUGCAACAGAAUCAUUUGGGUGCUAUUAGUGUUGUUUUGGUUACAAAUAACAGCAUUGGUCUGGUUAGGGGCCAUUCAAACAGAAUGCAUUUUGCAUUUCACUGCACUGCUUUCCUAUUGCUUUUUCAGCGAAGUAAAAAAAAAGUUCAACUUGAAA